AAUCAACAGUCCCACUAUUGCAGAUCACAGACGAUACCUAUACUAAACCUCCUCCGGGUGUGGACCAAAACUUGACAAUCUUUAUCGGGAUUCUGAGCAUUUAUGAGAAGAUCGAGAUUAGGGAGUGCUUGCGCAAGUUAUAUGCACACAAUAACGAUGCUCUAGCGCGGUAUCUCGGUGUUAAGAAAUCGCCAGUGACGAUUAGGUUUGUCCUGGGGUUGCCAAAGGAUGAAUAUAUAGAUAAACUGGAGGAAGAGUCUAAAAUGUAUGGGGACAUUGUUAUUUUGAAUAUCACAGAGAAUAUGAACGAAGGAAAAACGUUUGAAUAUUUCAAUUGGUUUGCUAAGCAUAGGGAAGAUAAUUAUAUGGUCAAAUUGGACGAUGACACUUUCAUACACCUUAUUCACUAUUACCGUGACCUUCAAGAUUUGCCGAGAGAACGUGUGUACUAUGGCAACGCUCUAGGAUAUAAAGACGGAACAUACACAUAUAUGGGAGGUGCCGGAUACACACUUUCCCGCGACCUCGUUAUAGACAUUGCUGGAUCAUACUGGGUUAGCUCAUAUGUAAGCGGCAAUGAAGACUGGCUAGUCGGUGAGUGGAUAUGUUAUGUAGCUAGGGAAAAGAUGUACUCCGUGCACUAUGUCGGCUUUACAAGUUGGGUACCCAGCCGUCAAAACCCUAUCCAUGACUUUGACGAGAAUCUAGACCUCCAUUUCCUUGUCGAGACCAUCAUGAUCCAUCAGGUAAAGGGUACUGAGAAGUUGAAUGCCAUUAAGAAUGUGUAUUCCGAGUACGAAGAGGGAUUGCCAGUGGUCAGAGUCGUUCGGAAUUCAACGGCCGUAGGCCUGGCUACAAAGAGGGAGAUUGUUCCAAGAUGUUGGACUACACUUGAGAGAGAACAAGUGUGGAACCAAGCUUUGCAGAAUACUUACAAGAACUGGUUCUAUGAAGAUUGGGGUUUUAAGGAUAGGUGGUAUGGGCAUUAUGGACUUGCGGAUAAUAUAGG